AUGGCAGACCUACCAGCACAAUAUCAAUCACUACAGAGUGAAUUGGAAAGUUUUAUUAUCGCCAGACAGAAGUUGGAAACUCAGCUCCAAGAAAAUAAGAUUGUUAUGGAUGAGUUUGAACAAUUGGUUGAUGAAACGAAGGUGUACAAAUUGACAGGGAAUGUGUUGCUUCCUGUUGAACAGGAUGAGGCUCGUUCUAACGUAGAAAAGAGAUUGGAAUUCAUUCAAUCAGAAAUCACCAAAUGUGAAAAAAAUAUCAAGCAAAAGCAAGAAGAACUUGAGAAAGUUAGAGCUGAAAUAAUUAAGAUGCGUGGAUAG